GCGAAUGGCCAAUGAGCGACGCGCGGGGCGGCCCGCGCCAGUGGGAACUUUCUGCCGUCCGAGUGAGAAGAGGAGCUCGAGGCGGACUGGGCUGGCCGGCCGUCGUCUGUCUGUCUGUGGGGCUGAGCAGGGAACGUGGCUUAUUCAGAGAACUUUGAGUGUGGACUCAUUCCAUUCACCAUGGCCCCAGACCAGGACACCGCAGAGAACACAGAAACACAGCUAGAACCUAACGGUGAGAAUAGCGCUUACAUGAGGUACAGCGCCAUCACUCCUCCGGCAUCUCCUGAUCUAUUGGAGGGGAAUUCACAAAACUACUUGGAUGAAAGGAUCCCAAUUCCAGAUGAUAGUUCGACUCGGUUCAGUUUUCGGAAGCUCUGGGCUUUUACAGGACCUGGGUUUCUCAUGAGUAUUGCUUAUCUGGACCCGGGAAACAUUGAAUCGGACCUACAGUCUGGAGCUGUGGCCGGGUUUAAGCUGCUAUGGAUCCUGCUGGCAGCAACCAUCAUCGGCCUGCUGCUGCAGCGGCUAGCUGCCCGUUUGGGAGUGGUCACGGGUAUGCACCUUGCUGAAGUCUGCCACAGACAGUAUCCAAAGUUCCCUCGGAUUGCGUUGUGGCUGAUGGUGGAACUGGCGAUCAUCGGCUCGGACAUGCAGGAGGUGAUCGGAUCGGCCAUCGCUCUGAACCUGCUGUCUGUUGGAAGGAUUCCCCUGUGGGGCGGAGUGUUAAUUACUAUUGUAGACACGUUUGUGUUCCUGUUUUUGGACAAAUAUGGUUUAAGAAAACUGGAAGCUUUCUUUGGAUUCCUCAUCCUAGUUAUGGCUGUUACAUUUGGAUACGAGUAUGUGACAGUAAAGCCAGACCAGGGACAGUUGCUGAAGGGGAUGUUUGUCCCCUACUGUCAAGGCUGCGGGACCCGCCAAUUGGAACAGGCAGUUGGAAUCAUUGGAGCUGUCAUCAUGCCUCACAAUAUCUACCUGCACUCUGCCUUGGUCAAAUCCAGAGAUGUGAAUCGAGCAAAUAAGAAGGAAGUGAAGGAAGCCAAUCGUUACUUCUUCAUCGAAGCCUGCCUGGCUUUGUUUUUGUCCUUCCUCAUCAACGUCUUUGUGGUCUCGGUGUUUGCGGAGGCUUUUUACAACAAGACCAACGAGCAAGUGCACGAGAUCUGUUUGAACAACAGCAGUCCGCAUGCUAAUCUCUUCCCCAUGAACAACAAGACUUUAGAUGUCAACAUUUAUAAAGGGGGUGUGGUGCUGGGCUGCUGUUUUGGUGGUGCUGCUCUCUACAUCUGGGCCAUUGGUAUCCUGGCUGCAGGUCAGAGUUCAACCAUGACAGGAACAUACUCUGGACAGUUUGUGAUGGAGGGCUUCCUCAACUUGUCAUGGUCCCGAUUUGCCCGUGUUCUGUUCACGCGAUCUAUCGCUAUAACCCCAACACUACUGGUGGCGUUGUUCCAGGAUGUCGAACGUUUAACUGGGAUGAAUGAUUUCCUCAAUGUUCUUCAGAGUAUGCAGCUGCCAUUUGCAUUGAUCCCGAUCUUAACGUUUACCAGUAUGACAUCCGUGAUGCAUGACUUCGUCAACGGUCUAGCGUGGAAGAUUGCUGGUGGAGUGGUUAUUUUCAUCGUCUGCGCCAUCAACAUGUAUUUUGUAAUAGUCUAUGUGUCGAGCCUGGGUCAUGUGGCUCUCUACCUGGUGGCAGCCUUCAUUUCACUUGCAUACUUGAGUUUUGUCGGUUACCUGAUCUGGUAUUGUGCAGUCUCGCUGGGAGUCCCCUUCCUGAGCUGCGGACGCACGGUAACUCCAGAGGGCAGCAACAGUUUUGGGGUCUCCUAUGGAACUCUCUCUGCUAAGUAACAUGGACAACCACACGUAAUUCUCACCGUGCCUUCACGAUGGUGGUAUUAGAAGAUUAAGACAACACUCUCUCAAAUGCUGCAAUCAUGCUGUAACAUUUAUUUAAACUAAAGUCUCUACUUCAUACCGGGGAGGACUUGGGGAAGAGAAUUUGUUUUCAAGUAUUAAGAGCAACAUAAUAUUUAAUACUUGUCGACAGUUGUACUGUUGAUGGCAGACAUCACCAACGGCAACAUAUCUGUGGUGUUGAGCACUAAUAUACUGCAUAAUCACUUUAGACAAUAGGUGCACAGGAGUAGAGGCCAUUCGGCCCUUCGAGCCAGCACUGCCAUUCAAUGUGGCCAUGGCUGAUCAUCCACAAUCAGUACCCCGUUCCUGCCUUCUCCCCAUAUCCCCUGACUACGCUAUUUUUAAGAGCUCUCUCUUGAAAGUAUCCAGAGAACCUGGUCUCCACCGCCCUCUGAGGCGGAGAAUCUCGCACAACUUGGAGCUGGGAACAAAGAUGAUGCGGUGGAAUAUAUUUGGAGUUUCAACUUCCGAAGACCCCCCUGCACAGUGUACUCCUUUAGUUUAGUUUUCGAGAAACAGCUUAGAUACAGGCCCUUCGGCCCACUGGGUCCGUGCCGACCUGCGAUCCCCGCACACUAUCCCUGCACACACACACACAUACACUGGGGACAAUAUACAAUUGCACCAAGCCAAUUAGCCUACAAUCCUGCCCGUCUCUGGAGGAAACCGGAGCACCCGGAGAAAACCCACGCGGGUCACCCGUAGUCGGGAUGGAAGGCGGGUCUCCGGCGCUGUGCCACCGUGUGCCAACUCUACCCGCUGUGCCACCGAGCCGAUCAGUGAUUAGUUUUCAAACGGUUCCAAUACAUUGAUGACACUGUUAAUUAUUGUCUUUGUGUUUUGUCAAAAAAUUUCAAACGUUUUCUGCUGUCCGGGUGAAUUUUCUUUCAAGUAUUUUAUUGACCGCCUGCUGCUGUUCAGUUAACGUACAACACAGGAAGGAUUUGUGGCAUCGACAGCUACAACAGGCCAGGCCCCUGCUGGUGCAGAAGUGCUGAACCAUUAAAUAAAUGCUCAGGCUGAGAUUAAAAUA